CUACUGCCCAAUCACUUCACAACGCGCCAAUCUUUGGAGUACCACAACAAACAUGGCGGAUCAGGACGCGGAAGUCCUUUUCAAGAAGGAAACAGUUGGAAAAGUUUUGUCACGUUCCUUUAGAGAAGAGAAAACCAAACUUAGUGGUGAUGCUACACUGCUAAUGGCAGAAAUGCUUAAAGUGUUUGUUCGGGAAGCUGCUGUGAGGUCACAGAAACAAGCAGAGUCCGAAAACUGUGAUCAAGUGGAGAUUGAGCAUUUUGAAAAGAUCUUACCGCAGUUGCUGCUGGACUUUUAGCGAAACAAUGCCACAAGAUGGAGCCAAAGCGUUGCCAGCAGCCCCGCAGCUUCACUUCCACCAGCCACACACUUAUUCCAAGUUAUUUUUUUUUCCUGUACAUAAUUUCAUAAUCUCUGAUUUAAGAGAUUACAACGUAAUGCUAAUUGAUAAAUAGUUUAAGUUAAGUGAUUUUUUAAGAGGACAACGUCAUUGCUUUCCACUUUUCCUCCAUGCCUCAGUCAAUCAGACCCACCUGUGCUCCUCUGUGCAACAACAGGUGCUUCCAGCAUGCUCCAUGGUGCCCUUCAUCAAAGCCUCCUGGAGCAGUUGGAAGCAAUUAGAGUAAUAAGGGAAGCAGCCAGUCCCUUAGAUGAUGACAAGUGCCAGGAAAAAAGGAGUACCCCCUCCAGCCACUUUGAAGUUCUCUUUUGCUGUCCUGCGAUGUUUAGGUAGGGGUGAGGGGGAGGGUAGAGGGGACCUUUGGCACAGGGGGGAAAGUUGAAUAGGAGUGUGCAUGCUCAGAUUUGUGCAUGUGCUAGCUAAACAUAGUACCAGACCACACGCGUGGAGAUUCUGUUUGAAAGGAAACAUAACAAAACACAUCGGAACAUGGUCCAAGAAGAGCAGGGUGUAAUUCUGAAGGUAAAUAAACAAAGGAGGCGAGUAGCAGAGGUGCUUUCUCUCCUUUCAUCAGAGCAGAGGGGGAUGUUGGGGCCGAGAGGAAGAGGGUAAUAUGGGGUUUUCUAAUUCAUGGGCCUCUGAUGGGUUUCCAGCAGCGGUCUGUGUGACUGCGUGUCUUCGGCGUGAGUCAGCAUAGCUGUGCAACACCUCACACUGUUUAUUUGUGUGGCUCUUGGGGUGAGUCACUGCACUCACACUGAAUGCUGCUACGUUCAGUCAAACCCAUCCAAGGCCCAGUGUCAGGGGUCCAGACUUGAAAAGGAAAUCUCGAAAGCAGCAUCAGAAAUUAUGUACAAGAUCAGGGGUGUAAUUGGCUCUGGUUACCUAUCAAAUUGCUCUCAAUGUUGUUGUUUUUUUUUUUGUAAUUUCUCUAUUUUAUAAAAAUAACAUUCCUAGACUUUGGUCCUGGUUCGUUUUUUUUCCCACAACAAUGUGUUGGUAGGUCUGGAUCUGCACUUGCAGAGGAGAGCACUACUGUACAACUUUCUCUGUGUGCAUCUUAGUGGAACAAAUUACAUCUGAAGGCAGUGUUAUUAAACAUACGAAAGCAGUUAGAACAAGAAUGGGGAGGGGCGUUGACGAGAGUAAUGAGUUAAAGCUUUUCUUGAUCCUACAUUAAAGGCUGGGAGUGUCGACAGCCAGUCCAGACACUUUGGAGAAGCUACGGAGUGAGACGCUUUUCCCAGGAGACAGAGACGGUUCUGUCUCCAGUCUCCUGAUUGGUGUAUGAAUGGAAAUGCACAUGGAAUAGGGAUCUCGUUAGCCUUGACCAUAGAAAGCUGCUUGGUUGUAGCCACUAAUAUUUGAAAUAUAUCUUUGUAGUGGCAACAUUGAGUGCUAUUAUGAUUUGUUGGGUCAAAUUUUCCACUUGACUGAGUGAGACUGAUCUGUAUAACAGAAAAGGGUUGAGAUGUAAAAGAAGAAUGAAUAUAUAGAAAGACUAGUUUGAUAAAAAUUAACAAUGUUGACUAUUUUAUUUCUCUGGUAAUACAAGUCACUUCAAGUCUAAUAAAAAGACUGGUAUUAAUAA